AUGAAGCCCCCAGGAGGCGCCCAGUCUCCCAGGGGUGCUGGCAGCCGUGGCAGCGGCGGCGCCCGCCGCACCUUCCCGCCGCGUAUCACUGCCCUGCUGCUCGCCGCGGCGCUCGUCGCAGCCUGGAUGUUCAGCAGCAAGCGCGCGGCACAGGCAGGCAGCGGCACGCAGGUCCGGGCACCAUCGCCGCCACCACGCGCAGCUCUCAACGAGGUGGCAGCUGCGCGGGACGCAGGCGGCACCCUGGCGGUCGGCACCAUGGUAGUGGCCGCCAGCGAAAACAGAGUGGAUGCUGGGGCGCCAGCUGUGGUCAAGCUGGUCGGCACAGGCCCAGCCCACACAGCCGCAGCGCAGCAGCCCGGCCUGUUUGCCAGCCUGCCGCACAGCAGCCUCGGCGGCGGCGGCAGCGGCAGCAGAGGCAGAGCUGCAUCAGUGAGCGGCGGCGACCUGGGAGCAGGCGCCGUUGCGUCCAGCGGCGGCAGAGCCGAGGCGCCAGCCCCGCAGGGGCAGGUGGAGCAGGAGGAGUGCCGGCCCAGCUUGAUUGUGGUGCUCACAUCGCACAAGACCGGCACCGCGCAGGCCAGGUGCAUCACCGAGAUGCUGGAGCAGCGAUAUCUGAUGCAGGGCGCCGCACGCCACGACCACCACCCGCCCCACCUCCACGCCGCCGCCGAGUUCGCAGCCGAGCGGCUGCAGACGCAGCUCAGCGGCGCGGCGGGCGGCAGCGGCGGCCUGUACUGCCCUUCCGUCAAGCUCUACUCCUCGGGGCACCACCUGCCGCGGCUGGAGGAUGAGGCCUGCCCCGGCACGCUGCCCUGCCCCUGCGAGGGCCAGCAGGAGCGGUGCCUGUCCACCGAGGCAGGAACCAUCGACAUCCCCGGGGGCAGCACCACGGUGGUGCAGGUCAUUCGCAACCCCAUCGAUGCCGUCCUGUCGGCAUACGAGUAUCAUACACAGACCCCCGCCCCCGAGGAGUGGCUGGAGCAGAUGCUGAUGCAGAAUAUGACAGGCUGGCUGUACUCUGGCGGCGUGCCCUACGAUGCGCUGGAUGCGCUGGGCGCUUUCCACCAGGCCCUGCCCGCCGACUCCUUCUAUUCCUUCCUCAGGCGCCUGCCGCAGGAGCGCGGCGUCAAGCUGCAGUGGUGGAUGUCGUCGUGGGAGCUGUACGGCUUUGCGCGGCAGUACGCCAGCCUGGCUGUACAGCCCGGCCUGCGCUUCGUGCCCCUGCGCUUCGAGGACCUGCAAUCGCGCUUCAACGCCACGGCGCGGGUCAUGCUGGAGGCGUUUGCGGAGCGCCUGCCGCAGCUGGGGGUGGAGCAGAUGCUGGCGGAGGUGCAGGCCUGCCACGUGUCUUCCUGGGACCAUGCCCUGCUGGCCUCCCACACCCACGUCACCAACCGGCACCCCGCCCUGCGCCGCCACCUGCGCGGCGUGCUGAUGGGGGACCCCGAGAUUGCGGGGCGCCUCUGCCAGCUCAGCGCCGUGUUUGGGUACGCACCAGAGGUGCCCGAGUGCGGCGGUGACGGCGGCGGCAGCGGCGCCGCCGCAGCUGCCGGGGCGGGGCAGCAGCAGGGGGAGGAGGAGGGGCAGGCGCCUGUUGAUAAGAGCAGGCACUAG